AUGGCUGCAAAAGAAACUGCUAUCAACUUUCGUACCAAAAAAAUUUUUCUUGCUAAUAUUAGGCCAGAAAUCCUUACUAAGGUCCAUAAAUUUUCUUUUUCUUUUCAGAAACUUAUCGCAAAAGAAGUACAUGCCAUCUUAAAAAGGCUGAAAGAGGGAAAGUGUGCACCAAACCUUGCAAGUGCAGAAUGCUCAUGUAGAUUCUUCAAUCAGUAUAUGUUACUGUGUCAUUAUAUUUUUCACAAACAACUUUGUGGUUCCAAUAUUUUAACACCAGAAGCGUGGGGUAACUUUCAAAGAACAUUCGAAGAGGGUGGCAUAGAAGUAUAUCAAACCCAUGGUAUUGUAAAAGUACCUGUAAUUCAGAAUUCGGCUGAAAAAAAGGCAGCUGAAAAAAGUCAAUCAAGAAUAAAUGAAUUGUUUGAAAGAACCCAAGACUGCUACUAUAAAUUGGCAGAGGAAAGCAUAGAUGAAGCAUCACGGUUCGUUGGAAGUUUGGAAAAAAUUUUAGAGCCAGUGCUUAAUUAA